AUGCAGGUCGGGUACAUUGUUAUGAUCGAUCCGUCUACCAGGGCCAGAACCAACUUACUGAGGAUGAAAGGUGCUGUCGUUGUUGGUGUAUACCACCCAUCGAUUGAUGAGAGAAAGAAGAAAGUAUAUGCGUGGACUGUUGAUGAUGAUAUGGAUUUCAUGCAAGAAAUGUUGUCUGAGCAUGUUGAUGCCAUUGUUACAAGCAAAGCAACCCCAAGGUCUAAUGCAAGAUAUCAGAACACACAGUCUGGAGCACUGUUUCUCAUUAUCAGAAGGAAAAAGUUUGUGCAACCAUCUUACCCUCUCAUCUUACCCUUGAUCUGA